UGCCACCCAUCUGUGCCCAUCAGUGCCCCCCAGCAGUGCCACCAGUCAGUGCCCAGCAGUACUGCCAUGCCACCUCAUCAGUGCUGCCUAUCAGUGCCACCUCAUCUGUGCCGCCGAUCAGUGCCACCUCAUCAGUGCUGCCUAUCAGUGCCCAUCAGUGCUGCCCAUCACUGUCAGUAUCCAUCAGUGCCACAUCAAUGCCACAUAUCAGUGCCUACCAGUGCACAUCAAUGCCACAUAUCAGUGCCCAUCUGAGCUGCCUUUCAGUGUCACCCAUCAGUGCCAAUCAGUGCCACCUAUCAGUGCUGCCAAUCAGUGCCACCAAUUAGUGCUAGUCAGUGCCGCCUAUCAGUGCCAUGCAUCAGUGCUGCCUUUCAGUGCCCAUCAGUGAUGCCCGUCAAUGCCCAUCAGUG